UGGGCACUGUUAGGCGGCACUGAUGGGCAUUGAUAGGCAGCACUGAUGGGCACUGAUGAUGAUGACCAGCAGUGGUCCUGAUCAGGGGCGGACUGACAACUCAUGGGGCCCCCGGGCAAUAGGGGAUCAUGGGGCCCCUGUGUCCUUGCCCAAACUCAAAAAAGCCUAUGAAAAAGGUCCCAGGGGCAUCUCAUGGGGCCCCCUACUGACCCCAGGCCCUUGGGCAGUGCCUGAAUUUCCAAAUGGUCAGUCCGCACCUGGUCCUGAUUACUCAAAAUAUAAUUUGCAC